UUGAAGGUUAAAAAAGGUUAAAGCGAGAAGCUGAAGAUUCUAGAUUCUAUGCUAGUGUUAAGGUUCAAGAAAUAUAACAAUGAAAUAAAAUAAAAACUCACUAGUGAUCUAGAAUUUUUUAACAAAUAAUAAGAUAAAUUUCUUAAAAAUACGUAUUCAGAGAUUAGUAUAUUUGCACUGGAAGGAUCGAUAAAUUAUCUCUUUCCUUUAAGAAUUUACCCAAAAAAAAGAAGUAGAAGAGAAAAGUUGAGGUUAUUGACAAUAAACAGCUUUAAAAGUUGUUCAGAGAUAUGAGUUCAAUUCAAAAAUCAAAAUAUAAGAAGUUUUAUCGUAAAAAUAGUAAGGCUAGUAUAGAUGUUAACUUGAAAGGCUUUCUAUGCAGUUGCAACAACAGAGAAAAAGAAUGUGUACGAGAAGCUUACAAUUUAUUAAACAAAUACGCAGAAUUACUUUAUUCUAACAAUUCCAAAGUAUUAAAUAAUGCAGAAUUGUCAAUAGAAGAUGAAUUGCAGAUGGAAAUAUCUGGAUUGAAAUCUGAAAAGAGAUUUCAACAAGUGGAAUCUGGUGCAAAAAAUUUUUUAUUUAUAAAGACGACAUUAGAAAAUCCCGUGGAAUUGGCACAGAAAAUUAUGGCAGAUAUUAAAUCUAGUGGCGCUAAUCAGACACGUUUUUUAAUAAGACUUAUUCCUAUAGAAGUGACAUGUAAAGCAUAUGUAAAAGACAUUAGUAUUGCAUUCAAACCUCUUUCACAAAAAUAUUUCAAAGAUGAGCCCACUACAUACUCCAUAGUCUAUAAUCACCGAAAUAACGACAAUAUAAAUAGGAUUGAGUUAGUACAGGCAGUAGGUGCAAUAGUGACUGAAACAAAUUCUGAAAAUAAAGUAGACUUGAAGAAUGCGAAUGUAUCCAUAAUUAUUGAGGUUAUAAGAGGGAUUGCAUUAAUUGGUGUUAUUCCUGACUUUAUUAAAUAUAAAAAAUAUAAUUUGAUGUCUAUUGUUGAACAAGACAAUAUGCCAAAUAAAUUAGAAGAUGGUGGACAAGAAAAACAUGCAUUAGAAAAUGUAAAAGAUAAACCUGAUAAUUUUACAAAUAAACUAGGGGAUGAAGGACAGGAUAAAAAACUUUUAGAAUCAUCCAGUUGUUAACAUCGAGAAAAAUUAGUGCCAGAACAUUUGGCACUAUAUCAAAAACAUAUAUGUAAUUGUUAUAUGUUAAUUAGAUUUGUGAUUUCUAAUUGACAUUUCUUGUUUUGGUAAUAAAAUAAUUAUAUCAAAA